UGUUUUUUUGUUUGGUCUAGUAAAUGAUUUAACUAUUGCAAAUAAUCCAUACAUAUCAUCAUCUCAUUGUAUAAUUGAAUUUGAUAAUGGACAUAUUUAUAUACGUGAUACAAGUUCAAAUGGUACAUUAAUUAAUCGAUCAAGAAAAAUUAGUCAAAAUGAUUGUCCUAUUGAACUUCAUUCAGGUGAUAUUGUUCAUCUUGUAUUUCGUAAAGAUGAACCUCAAUCAAGUAAGUUUAUUAAAUAUGUAAAAUAG